AUGACCAUGAGACGAAGUUCCUUAGGAAAAACUGGCGCUCUCGCCUUGGUGCUGGGCGCCGGCUACUUGUUUCUCGAUGCCCUGAGCUGCUUCGUGGGAGCCGGCCUGACGAACAACCGAUCCUUGUCCACCGAGAUGAGGGGAUACAGGCUGGACAGGAUGCUCGAAGCCUCCGAUGGAGACCGAUCUUUGCAGACCUCGGAAGGCUUCUGGAUCGGAGAGAAGGGCUUUGAGAAAUCGCAGUGGGCGCAAGGCUACCGCUACCGCAUGCGAGCCUCUCCGGAGGAGUUCAAGAAAGGCAUCGACUGCCCCGCUCCGCUCCAGAUUGGCCCCAUCAAGUGGAAGGUGGGCGAGUGCUUCGGUGGGAGUGGCAACAACGACAAGUUGCGCCAACUGAAGAAGGAGCUCGCCCAGGCUGGCCUCGAUGAUCCCAAGAAGAUCGCGGAGAACGAGUACUGGCUCAAGCGCUACGGCCGCAAGCGCUGGUACCCCAAGUACGUCAACCAGUCCGGUGCCAAAGGCCAGCAGGGCCUCUUCCGUGGCUUGGCAGCCUGGUCCGGCUACGACCCUCUCAAUGAGGAGCGUGGGAAGACUUGGAUCGAGGCUGACUAUGGCAAGCCUCUUAUCAAGGGCAAGCAAGACUAUCGGCUGCCCGGCCUCCUCACGAAAGAGCAGAUGCAGAAGGAGCUCGACAGCGGCAAGCUGCCCAAGCCUGGUGCCUGA